GGUGUGUUGGGAGCAGGCCAGUGUUUUGUUUAUGGGGGAUCAGCUGAGCGGCGCCGCCAGGCAAGGGAUGCUGCUGUCUUGCCCCCUGCUCCCUGUUGUUUCCUUCCUGCUGUCCUCUAGCGUCUACAGCGGGUGAUGGAGGAAAAGGAUGAGGACCUGUUUGAUGCUGUGUAUGCCUUGGAGCAGCAGAAGUAUGGUGAAGGCCAGACUGAAGGUAUAGAGGAAGGACACAAAAACCACUACCAGCAGGGCUUCUUGCUAGGCUGGCAGCAGGCUUGUCACUUACUGCGUGAGCUGGGCACAGUGGAAGGCCUUCUGAGCAGCGUUGUAGUGAACAGGAAGGCUGAGCUAAGUCCAAGAACACACAGCCAGGUGGUGCGGCUGCUGGAGGACUUGCAGGGGUGGCCGAGCUGGGAUCCCUCUGAGGAGAACAUUGAGGAGAAACUUCGAGGCAUCCACACCCGGGCCAGAAACCUCUUGAGAAGACUAGGAAUAAGUGUCAAGGUGGUGGAUAGGAGUGUGGAUUCUGAAUUCUAAGUAACAGUGUACAGAGACAGAGAGGAUAAAAGUUGUUUGUGUGAGUGCAUCAGUGUGUUCUUGUGGUGAAAAUGGAGAUGUUAUAUGUAUGGUACCUUUUUAUGAUACUUUUGGUGUCUUUCUUGAUGUCUAUAUCAUAUACAUAUUUUAUUCAUAUGCUUCUGUGAUCUUUUGAAUUAAUUUAUCAUGUUGUGCCAAGGAGUAAUGGUGUGUGUGGCCAGGGCUCUCUGUCCUGGUGUGUGUACUAGUGAAGAUAGGGAUUGGGAUGUAGUAUAGACAGUUACAGGGGUGGUCACUGACAUGCACAAGUCUUAAGACUAUAGUAAAUCAUGUAGUAAAGGUCAUCUGUUUCUAUGUCCUGGUUUGUAUUAUUUAAAUUAUUUAUCAAACAAAAUUCUGUAAAUAUGUACAAAUUAGAGCAAAAUAUGCAGACCUUAUCUUUGUUGCUCAAUCAGAAGAAAGUCAUAAUAAAUUUUUGAAUGCC